CAGUGAAAAACUUAUCUUGGAGACCGUUCGUACAGAUCAUUUCACUACAAUGCAUUGAGGUAGCAUAAGGGAAAAUAACAGAAUGCAGAAUAAAGUGUCCCAGCUACAGAGAAAGUGCAGUGCAGGCAGACAACAAGGUGCAAGGGCCAGGACCAGGUAGAUUGUGAGGGCAAGGGUCCAUCUUAUCGCACUAGGGGACUGUUCAAUAGUCUUAUAACAGCGGGGUAGAAGCUGUCCUUGAGCCUGGCGGUACGUGCUUUCAAGCGUUUGUAUCUUCUGCCCGAUGGGAUGGGGUCCGGGGUGGGUGGGGGUCUCGGCUGCUUUACCGAGGCGGCGGGAAGUGGAGACAGAGUCCAUGGAGGGGAGGCGGAUGCGCUGAGCCGUCUCACAGUUACAGAGAAAGUGGGGAGGCAGCGAGGUACGAGGGCCACAGCAUGAGGUCGGGAGUCACAAACAUUUCCCGCAUCCAGUCCGAUGAAGGGUCUCUGCCCGUCUCCCUCCACAGACGCUGCCCGACCCGCUGUCCGCGGUAUGUAGCUGCCCGGGGGCGGGGAGUCAACACCGGGUCAGUUGGGCCGAAGGUGCAGGGAGAGAAGCGGUUCCGCCCCCAACCUGAGAUGCGCGCCGCCCAUUGGUCGAGGCGAUGUUUCAAAGGGCGAGGACGAGGCCGCUGAUUGGCGGAAGGAAGGUUGAUACACGGGCAGCAAACGGAUACACGGUUGUAACCGGCUGAAGGCGGGAACGGCCGCUCCCUGUUUAACCCGCUGCCUCUGCCGGUCUCCGGCGGGCUGCCUCCGUUCCUCCUGAACCAGCCGACCCGCCGCACCUCUCGGUGAUGUCGUCCCACGGGGUCGGGACCCUCUGCCGUCCGCAGCCUGGCCUGGAUUCCCGCCCCGCCAAAGCUGCAGCGGGUGCGAGGCGCUCCUUCGAGCAGUUGUUCAUGUUGGGCGCUCAACUUGGCAGCGGCGGGUUCGGCGUCGUGUUCUCGGCCGUGAGGGUGUCGGACGGCGCGCAGGUGGCGGUGAAGUUCGUGCCCCGGGAGAAGGUGGUGUCGUGGGGCCGCCUGGACGGGGCGCGGGUGCCGCUGGAGGUGGAGCUGAUGGUGCGGGUGUCAAGGCCCGAGUGCCGGGCGGUGAUCCGCCUGCUCGACUGGUUCUGCCGGCCCGACGGCUUCCUGCUGGUGAUGGAGCGGCCGCCGGACGCCACCGACCUCUUCGAUCUGAUCAGCGAGGUGGGUCCCCUGGGCGAGGGUCGCGCCCGGGACCUGCUGCUCCAGGCGCUGGAGGCACUGCGGCACUGCCGGGCGUGCGGCGUCGAGCACGGAGACCUCAAGGACGAGAACCUGCUGGUAGAGCGGCGCAGCGGCCGGCUCCGGCUCAUCGACUUCGGAUCCGCCGCGCCGCUGACCCAGGCGGCCCGCUGGAGCUACCAGGGGACGCGGGUCUACAGCCCCCCCGAGUGGAUCCGCUCCGGCUGGUGCCGGCCCGACUCGGCGACCUCCUGGUCCCUUGGCGUUCUGCUCUUCGACAUGGUCUGUGGGGACAUCCCGUUCCAGCGGGACCGGGACAUCCUGGAGGCCCAGGUCCGGCUGCCUCGCCACGUCACUGAGGACUGCGGGGACCUGAUCCGUUGGUGUCUGUCGGUGCGGCCCGAGGAGCGGCCGAGCUUGGAGCAGAUCAGGAGCCACCGCUGGAUGCAGACGGCGUGCGACCCCUAAGCGGGACCUCGGACUGGGGCAGAGUCUGACGGGGCCGCUCCGGCCCACCGAGUGACCAGGGCUGGUCCCCGACCCUGGACCAGAGAGAGCGGACGGGACCACGGGGAGGCUCCGCUGCCACUUUUGAGGAUUCCAGAUCCCCCUGCGCCCAGUUACAGGGGGUGGGGGGGGGGGGGGGGGGGGAGGAGGGGGAGGGGGCGGCGGGAUGUCGGCCUGCCGGCCGCCCUGAGAUCAAAGCGAGGCCCGGGUGGGGGCAGGUGGUGGUGAACCCAGCCGGCGACCUCCCCCCAGCCCCCAAACCCGGGUCCGGCGCUGUCCCGGGUGCUGGGGGGGGGGGGGGGGGA